AUGCUCCAGCUCUGCCGGAGCUGCAGUCGCCAUUUGCGGACACGACAAGCUCGUAGAACAUAUGCGAGCACAACAUCACAACCAGAUAUUUACGAUGUGGUCUGCGUGGGCGGCGGCCCAGCCGGCCUGAGUCUCCUCACAGCCCUUCGCUCGAACCCGACAACAGCAGGUCUCCGAGUCGCCCUCGUCGAGGCGCAGGACCUCUCCAAGACCCGAGGCUGGAAACUCCCGCCCGAUCGCUUCUCGAAUCGAUGCAGCUCUUUUACGCCGACCUCGGCGAACUUUAUGAAUACCAUUGGCGCAUGGCGGCAUCUCCAACAGGACCGAGUACAGCCGUACCAUGAGAUGCAGGUCUGGGAUGGCGUCAGCGGUGCGCGGAUCGAGUUUGACUGGGAGCCGCGGCAAGAUGGACAUAGCGACGGCGGCGGCAGCAGCAGCAGCAGCAGGACAAUCGCCUACAUGACCGAGAACCUGAACCUCACUUCCGGACUGCUCAGCAGACUCGACGAACUCGGCGGCACUGUGAUCUACGACAACGUCAAAGUCGAGAACAUUGCCUUUGGGGAAGAGAGCGAGGAAGACGGCGGCCUGGAUCUGCGGGAGUGGCCGAUCGUGCAGCUCACGGGCGGCAAGCAGCUUGCGGCGCGGCUCCUGGUCGGCGCGGAUGGCGCCAACAGUCCCGUGCGCGCAUUCGCGGGAAUCGGCAGCCAGGGCUGGGACUAUGACCGGCACGGCGUCGUCGCGACGCUGCAGCUCGAGGGCGCCGGAUGGGGCGGCGACGACCUCAAGACGGCGUAUCAGCGAUUCCUCCCCACAGGGCCCAUCGCGAUACUGCCACUUCCCGGCAACCACGCCAGCCUGGUAUGGUCCACCACGCCAAGCAACGCCAGGCUGCUCAAGAGCCUGUCCCCGCAAGACUUCAUCGCGAGCGUCAACGCCGCGUUCCGCCUCGGCGUCACGGACCUCGAGUACAUGCACACGCUCACGUCGGGCGGGCAGGCGGACGAGCUGAAGUGGCGGCUCGAGCACACGCGCCUCGACCCGUACGCGGUGCCGCAGGCCGUGGUCGGCGUGCAGGAGGGCACCGUGGCCUCGUUCCCGCUCAAGAUGCGCCACGCGGACACGUACAUUGGCGAGCGGGUCGCGCUGGUCGGCGACGCCGCGCACACGACGCACCCGCUCGCCGGGCAAGGGCUGAACCAGGGCCAGGCGGACGUCGAGAGCCUCGCCAGGACGGUCGAGUAUGCCGUGGCGCACGGCAUGGACAUUGGCACGCAGCUCUCGCUCGAGGCGUACAACUCUGAGCGGUACGCCGCGAACCACGUCCUGCUCGGGGUGAUUGACAAGCUGCACAAGCUGUACUCGGUGGGCAGUGGGCCGCUCGUGCCGCUGCGGUCGGUCGGGCUGAACGCGGUGAAUGCGCUGAGGCCGCUGAAGCGGUUCUUCAUGGAGCAGGCUGCUGGAAGCGGUGGAAAGAUGUUCUAA